AUUUCUCUAAGCCAUUUACUAAUGCAGAUAGAGUUCGUGGCUACCUAGUGCUAGGUAGCUGAUAUGCUUAGUAUAAAAACACAGAGACAGCAGCAAGAGGCUCCAUCCAUAGACGCAUCACAUAAUCUUCUAUCUCUCUCAGGCUAACUAAUUUCAUAAGCACACAUCUUCCAUUUCCAUCACCAUGCCUGGAGCAGCUACCACCGCCGCCGUUGUUGACAGCCGCCGUAGCGCACAGCGCGCGGAAGGCCCCGCCACCAUCAUCGCCAUCGGCACUGCAAACCCAGCUAAUAUUGUUCCUCAGGAUAACUUUGCCGACUACUACUUCGGCCUAACCAAGAGCGAGCAUCUUACUGAACUUAAGGACAAGAUGAAGAGGAUAUGUAAAAAAUCAGGCAUAGAGAAGCGAUACAUCCACCUUGAUGAGGAGAUCAUCCGUGCCCAUCCAGAGAUCAUUGACAAACACCAGCCCUCCCUUGAAGCUCGUGUUGAAAUCGCCGCCGCCGAGGUCCCAAAGCUCGCCGAGUCUGCUGCAAGGAAGGCCAUUGCCAAGUGGGGCCGUCCAGCCACCGACAUUACCCACCUCAUCUUCAGCACCUACUCUGGAUGUCGUGCCCCUAGCGCUGACCUCCAGCUGGCAUCGCUCCUUGGCCUCCGUCCUUCUGUCUCCCGCACAAUCCUCAGCCUCCACGGCUGCUCUGGCGGUGGCAGGGCGCUCCAACUCGCCAAGGAGCUUGCUGAGAACAACCGUGGUGCACGCGUCCUUGUAGCACUCUCAGAGCUAACCCUGGUAUGUUUCUCCACCCCAGACGAAAGCAAAAUUGUCGGACAUGGACUGUUUGGGGAUGGUGCCGGUGCAAUAAUCGUUGGCGCAGGCCCGUUUUCUGAUGGCGAGUGCCCGUUGUUCGAGAUGGUUGCUGCCUCACAGACCAUGAUACCAGGAACCGAGCACGCACUUGGCAUGCAGGCCACUAGCACCGGCAUAGAUUUCCACCUCUCUGUCCAGGUGCCAAUGCUGAUCAAGGAUAACAUCCAGCAGAGCUUGCUCGAAUCCUUCCAAUCGGUCGGAUACACAGAUCCUGACUGGAACAAUCUCUUCUGGGCGGUGCACCCCGGCGGCCGUGCUAUCCUUGACAACAUAGAGGGCAAGCUACAGUUGCAACCAUGGAAGCUUGCAGCAAGCCGGCAAGUGCUACGCGAGUUUGGGAACAUGAGUGGUGCAACUAUUGCAUUCGUUCUUGAUGAACUAUGCCACCGUCGGGAGAAGGACGAAGAUGAGUCACAGCAGCAUGAAUGGGGAGUGAUGCUGGCCUUUGGACCAGGGAUCACAAUUGAGACAAUUGUUAUGCGCAACCCAUUGGCACGUGGUCUUAAGCAAAAUUAGUUACCACUGUCAUGAAAAUAAUGCAAUCGGAA